GUGCGUGUGUUUGCGUGUGUGCGCGUGUGUGUUUAUGGGGGGGGGGGGGGCUUUCCGUCGUAAAAGCAUAUAAAUAGUUAACGUAUUUUCGGUUUCAGUCUUAGCAGCCAGUGCUCUGAGCCGGCUACAGGUUGGGAGUUAGGUCAAAUAAAUUGACAAUUGCAAUUUGUCGGGUAUAAUAUCGGAGUCGUCUCAAGUUCAGAGGCGGACGUCAGACGUCUGCCGUAACAAAGUUGGCUCGUCGAAAGGAAGCAACCUGUGCAUAAUGCAAAAAAUGGGCCACUUCUUCCCCCUGCUCUUCGUGUGCUUGGAUGUGUGUGUGGUGCACACCAUCCACCUGGCCCAGCUCUCACCUCUCCUCCUCCCCUAUCCAUUCCUCACCCUGUGGGGGGAAGGGGUGGUCCGUGCCUGCCUCCUCGUCUUCCUCACCUUCACCUACCCUGGAGGCGGAGGCCUGCCGUGGUUGAGUAGCUUCGAGGGGGUCCAGAGCAUAGCGGUCCUCUGCCUCCACUUCCCAGUGUACACCACUCUUCUCAGGGUGCUGGGGCAGACCAGUGUGGAGGAAAUGUGGGGGUGGCACUCAUGGGAAAGGGUGUUGCAGGGUUACGUUGUGACUUUGGUGGCAUGGCUCUACUGGAGCCGAUACGUGUCAUCUCUUUUGAUCUCCGGGGGUCAAUACAUCUCAUCCCUGUUCAUGAAGACACCCUCUGAACAGCCCAAAGAGGAAACCGGUGCCUCUCUGAAGAGACUGAUGGGAUACAUGCUUCCCUAUCUCUGGCGCUUUGUUGCUUUGCUGUCUCUCAUGCUUUUCUCUUCUUAUGGUGAGAUGGCUAUUCCUCAGUACACUGGUCGCUUGGCUACCUGGAUCACAAAUGAAGAAGAACCUGAUGCAUUCACAGAGGCCAUCAAAAUCAUGACACUAAUGACGGUUGCCAGUGCUGUUUGUGAGCUUGUAUGUGACCUCGUGUACAACAUCACCAUGAGCCACAUACACACCUCAGUGCAGGGAGUGGUCUUCCAGGCUGUGCUGAAACAGGAGAUUGCUUUCUUUGAUGCCACUUUGACAGGUAAACUUGUGUCCCACAUUACCACGGAUACCAACGAUGUGAGCGAGGCGCUGAGUGAGAAACUAUGUUCCGUGAUGUGGUACACAGCACGUUUUGUCUUCCUCUUGUUCUUCAUGGUGAGCCAGUCAUGGAAAAUGACCCUGCUCACUUGCAUGGGACUGCCCAUCAUCUGGGUCGUACCUGAACAUAUUGGGCAAUUCCAAAAGACUAUUACUGUAAAGGUUCAAGAGUCACUGGCUAAGGCCAACCAGGUGGCCACAGAGACCUUCUCCUGCAUAAAGACCGUGAGGGCUUUUGCCAACGAGGAUGGUGAGACAGAGAGGUACAGACGGCAGCUGGAGGACACUUACGCUCUUAACAAAAAGGAAGCAGCAGCAUAUGCAGCCUCUACCUGGGCUAACAGCAUGACCACUUUGGCACUGAAGGUGUGUAUUCUGUACUAUGGAGGGACUCUUGUGACCAGGGGGACUGUUAGCAGCGGAGACCUGGUGUCAUUCGUCCUUUAUGAGCUACAGUUUGCCUCUGCAGUUGAGGCUGUCAUGUAUUCUUACCCAGAGGUGAAGAAGGCAAUUGGUGCCUCUGAGAAGAUCUUUCAGUAUUUGGAUCGGAAACCUCAAGUACCCCCAGAUGGCACUUUGGCCCCUGAAAAUCUUAAGGGACACAUUCAAUUCAAGAAUGUUACAUUUUCCUAUCCUAACGGGACAGAAAAAAACAAUCCUGUGCUUAUGGAUGUUUCUCUGGAGGUAAAACCAGACCAAAUAACUGCCCUUGUGGGGCUGAACAGAUCAGGGAAGUCCACCUGUGUCAAGCUGCUGGAGAGGUUUUACCAGCCCCAAGCAGGGGAGAUCCUACUGGAUGGGAAAGCACUGGAAAGCUACAAAGACAAGUACCUACACGACAAGAUUGCUGUGGUGAGCCAGGAUUGUGUGCUCUUUGAUCGCUCUGUGCGAGAAAACAUCAAGUACGGCUACGAGGAUGCCUCUGAUGAGGAGAUGUACAGGGCUGCCAAGCUGGCUAGUGCCCAUGACUUCAUCUUGGAACUGCCAAAUCAGUACGACACAGAUGUCGGGUUGAAUGGAGGCAAGGUGUCUGGAGGCCAGAGGCAGCGCAUUGCCAUUGCUAGAGCUUUAAUCAGACGUCCCAAAAUCCUGAUACUGGACAAUGCCACCAGUGACUUGGACACAGAGAAUGAAUACCAGGUCCACCAAGCCUUGUUGAACCAAACCAACAACUGCUCCAUACUGUUGAUAUCCAACAAGAUGAGUGUUGUAGAGAAGGCCAAUCAUAUAAUUGUCCUCAAUGACGGAACGGUAAAGGAGGAGGGCAGUCACGAUGAGCUGCUGAAGAAAGAGGGCCUUUAUGCUGAACUGGUGAAAAAGCAUAAUAUGAGCUUUGAGCGUAAAGAAGAGGAGAGGAAUGAUACGCAGUGAUACGUCCGGGUGGUGGUUGCCCUCAAGCCACAGAAGUUGAGUUACAGGAGGGUUGCUGGCUAAAAGUCCAGAUUUAAAGGGUUAAAACACCAGCUACACUUAUUAAUUAUCGGUAGUUUUUUUUUACCUUUUAAGACUAUUUCCUUUCUCCAUGCACCUUGGAAGUAGGUGAAGUUGCACCAGAAAUCCCUACUUCAGAAUUCCAGCCUUAAAAAAUAAUGACUGAAAAAACAAGAGGUACCCUUCAAUCAGCAGAGCUGAGCUAGGUGCCCCACCCCCAGCUGCCCCAGGAAGAAUGGGCCUACUUGGACAGGGUGAUUAAAAUAUUACAUCACUGUACAUUUAAAUUUAUAUUGUGAUAAGGAUAUAUCUCACAGUAUAGUUAAUAUUCUGGAAAAAUCCACCAAGUCUCUGUUUAUGGAUUAAAAAAUACCUGUCUGUUACUGCUUUAUCCAGCAAUAAAAUACAGGAUGCAAAAAUCAUAGAAAGUCAAUAUUGCCACAAAGCAGUCCUGCUCAUUUAUUUGCAGCAUUGCCCACAAUGGUCUGUGUGAUCUAGAAGAUAGUUUAUGAUGAUGACUCUAUGCACUCCAUUGCUUCAUACACAUUCCAAAUGUAGAAGAAAUGAAUAUUGCAUUAUUUAAGACUGAGUGUUUCUAAAUGUCAUGGCUGUAAUAUGUUUUUCCUAUUUGUCAAAUGUUUUAUCUUUACUGUACUUUUCCCUGUAGUGAUAUUUUUUUUUCUAAGGUAAAUAAUUUAACCUAUUAGUAGUUUGUAUGCCUCCAUAGAGUUACAACAGUAAGUCUUUUGAAUAAAUUAAUUAGUCAGUUAACUUUUCUUGUCUACCAGUUGUUGAGUUGCAGCUUUACAAGAGCAAAUAUAUUAGUCAGGGCUGCUCUGUGAAAGUCUUUAUUUUUAUGUAAAAAUAAUAUUUUUGCA